UAAACAAAACUUUGACACGACAGCCAACCUACGCCCGAGGCCGCGAUUGAGGAAGAGAUUACAUUUUUACUGGUAUUUUCUCGGUCUAAAUGGAAAGAUGAUUAUAUAUGCGAGUUUAGCUCGGUCGUCAGAUGGCACACCAUUAUCAGCCACCACAGACUUCGCUAGUGAUGCUGACCAGCGGGUGCGAGAAGGGAAGAGAUGCAUAAAACUCAUGAGCAAGCAUCUCCCCAAGUUUGGAAAGCGGGUUUGUCUUCAGGCAGAUGAAAUAACUAUACACUGUGUAACAGAUGAGUGCACGGCGUACAUGGUGGUAUGUGAACCAAACUACCCUCACAUUUUGGCAUUCAGCUUCCUAGAUGAACUUAUGAAGGAGUUCAGCCUCUUAUACACACCCUCUGUUGUCAAGUCCGUAAGAAGACCAUAUGCAUUCAUUGAAUUUGACAGUUUCCUUCAGAAGACGAGGCAGAAGUACAACAGCACUCGGGCUCUGGCCUCAAGGCUGAACCUGGCUGAUAUGACGACAGACUUGAACCUCCACCCACCGUCAUAUGUAAAGAUGAGCC